AUGCCGGAGGGAACUAGAAGACCUGUGUCCUUGAUUGCAAGGGUUGAAGACGAAGACCCCGAAACUGGCGAGGCGGUAUAUGGCACCGCCGUUGAGGCCUCGCGCCGUGCUCGUGCCGUUGACCAAACGGCCAAACUGCAACAUCUGAGUGCUCGUCCGCGCGAGCCCGGUCCAGCCAGCGACUCGGGUUAUUCAUCACUUGUGAACUCGUCGCUCGCCAACGAAGAAUUAGCCAUGGCCGAGCCGGCUAACAAUCGUUCUGGCGCGCCGCCGGUUCAGCGUCCAUCCGGUGGAAAUCCCAGCAGGAGUUCUUCCAAGCCAGUGCUCCAUAGUGCUGAGAGUACUGUCGCUACUGUCGACGAAGGCUCUCACGACAGCGAGCGAAGAUUCACAUUGCCCGAUCGUGAACGACGAUCAUCCUCGGCACGACCGUCUCAUUCUGCGCAGUCUCAGUAUCCAGCUCCACCUUAUCAUGCUUCUCAACCUCAGCAGCCUUUCCCUCAAUUACAUCAACAGCCUCUUCCACAACAGCAACAAGCACGCCCACAGUAUCCUCCCCAGUACCCGAGCUACCAGGCGCAGCCGUAUUCGCAGCCAUAUCCGAUUCCAAAUGCCGGACAAAUGCCACCGCCUCCGGUACCUCUUUCCGCCGGCCCGCGCCCGCGUCGUCUCUCCAGCAACACGUCUCGUCCGAUGAGUAUGCAUAUUUAUGGUAGCUCUUACGACGGUUCGAUCCGAGGACCGCCACCAUCGAACUCGGCUUACAUGGCUGGUCCGCAAUAUAGUCCGGUCGUGUCGUCUAAGCCCAGUGGAGAGUAUUUUGGUGCCGCCCAACCACACCGGGUGCCGGUGAACGUUCCUCCUUACACCCCGACCUCGCCUACAUCUCCGACUCAGCCAAGCAUCUAUUCUGCACGAUACGGCAAGACUCAGACCAGUUUCGGUGGCGUUCUUGAUCCACCGCGGGUGGCAUCAGUGCCGCCUAUUCCCAUCGGGCGCACACCGUCGUUUUCCGCCCGCCGGGGAAGCAUUACUGCGCCUGUUCCACGCACGACGAGACAAAUAACCGACAGAGAUAGUAGCUCGUCGUCCGAAGACUCUUACUCUGACGGCGACAAUCAUUAUCCGAAGAACAACGCCAUGCUGCACCCAAGCCGACGACCCCAGUAUGAGACCCACACGUCCGCGCAGAGCAUCCCAAGAGGUAUCAUGCGUCAGUACGACUCACGACGGAUGUCGCGAUCUGACACCGGAGUUGAAUAUCAGGAGACUGACUCGGACCGAGCGGCUCGUGCAAUGCUACAGGGCUCCCAGCCUUCAUCAUCACACGGCCCUCGCCGUCCUUCCAUCUCGACUGCAAACUCCGGAUCGCGGCGACAGCAAGUUGUUGGGCCAAACGGACAGGACUAUCGAGCCCUUCAAUCGCGCGGCGAAGAUAGAGUCUCUCGCCGUGAAGAUUGGACACAGACUGAAAUCGACGCUUACCGUCACGAAAGAGGUCUGGGCCAUCUGGAGGAGGAGUUUGGAAGAAUGCGUGUGGUCGACAGGCUCGAAGCAAAAGAGCGCAAUGCACAACGCUACCAAACGACGAAUGGCACUGCGUCGAGUGAUCUGACUGCUGAAAUGCUGGCUCAGAUGAAGCAGCAGGCUGAUCAGGGCCAGCAGCAGCAUUCACAGCAGCAACUGAAUCGACGCAGUGGCAGUCAUGUAUCAGGGCGCACUCAUCACAGCAGGAGAUCUGGAAGCAUCUCGCAACAUACGAUGUCCAACGAGUACGUCACCAUCAAAGAUGCCGAGACUGGUCUCGCUAUGGCCCACGUUGCACCUGGUCAGACCAUCGAAGUGAUGAGGACCGAGGGAGGUGGCAUGCGCACCGUCAUCAACAGCAGCUCUGGUCAAGAAAGCGGGUACCACGGCAGUAGCCGAAGCUCGAGAAGUGGAGGCCAUCGCCGGUCGUAUUAUGGCAGCAGUGAUUAUUCUGCAAGUCGCAGGCCGACUCAGGAAGAGAUCGAUUACGAUUCGAGUGGCUACGAGCGUGCUAUCUGA